AUGGCGGCUGUGGUGGUUCCUCAGGUAGAAGCGUCGUCGACGGCAACUGGAAAUCGAACAAAUUUGGAAAAAAUUGAGAGUUUUUUAAGUGAUGCCGCAUACAAAGAGGCUUUAGAAAAUUCAGUCAACUAUAACACGCGACUAUGCAUCGAAAGAAGGCUACGUCUACCUUUUAUCGAUACACAAACUGGUGUAGCCCAAAACCAUUCCGCAUUGUAUAUGAACAAGAGACAAAGGAUACCGGGUUUACUUCCCGGACAGAUAUAUUCGUAUCCUAGACAACGAUGGAGGAAGAAACGACGGCAGUAUUUGACAAUGAAUUCAAGAGCAUUUCAAAGAGCUACUGAUCAUAUUCUUGACACUGAGGGAGACAUGCACAAUAUAUCACAGAUUGAAAAUCCUGCUCUUCAGGAUACCGAUAGUAAAGACAGUCAGCUGCUGUUAAAGGACGAAGUUUCUAAGGAGUGGUUUUACGACGAGACUGAUAUGUUAGAAAUGGACGUGUACGACGAACCCGAUCCAGAUUCUGAUCUGGAUUACGAGGAGACUUACAGCAAAAGGAAGAAAGGAAGACGGGGAGCAGGAAGGGGCCGUAGCGGUACCGAUUCCCCGAGUACCCCGGGAAGGAAAAAAGGAGGUGGCAGAGGGAGGAAAAAGGCCGGCCACAGUUUCGAGCCGACGCCCGGCGAUCCCGAUAAGCCGUUUGCUUGUGAACUGUGCGGUGCGCGUUACAAGACCAGGCCCGGGCUGACUUACCACUAUCGCCAUUCACACAAAGAGGGCGCUAGCGAUGAGAACUCGCGCGACAGUAAUGCCCCCACCCCCUCCUCGCAGAUGGGCGGACCUAUGGGCUCGGAUUUCUCAGGUCUCCCGGUCGGCCCCCCUCAAGGCCACCCUGGUGGUCCCCCAGGCCCGAUGGGUGGCCCUAUGGGUCCCAUGGGUCUUGUGCCGCCUCUUAUGGGUGGGGGGAUGGGGGAGGGCCAUCCUGCAAAUUCCCACAGGGCUGAAGGACAAGUGUAUCAGGAUAGUUACGUUUCCUUUUUGAACCAGACACCCGGUACGCCAGGUCGCCGAGGCCGUCAACCUAACACCCCUCCCGGUCCCCCCACUCAGGUCCCCAUGCCCCCCCUAGGGGGCAACCCCCAAUCCCAGGCUCCCCCGACUUUGCCGCCGAACUUACCCCCGCAGCAGCCUCCGCCGCCGGUGGAUGAUCCGCCGAUGCCGGUGCUCAUGCCCGAGAAGGCUUUAGAGUCGUGCGCGACGCCUCCUGGCCCGCUUGAAGCUCCGGGUCCGUCCGUCGCCCCGGACGGUACGAAGAAGGCCGUACCCAGUCCUUAUUGCGAUUUCUGCCUGGGCGAUGCCAGGGAGAACAAGAAGACCGGCAACCAGGAGGAGUUAGUUUCGUGCUCGGACUGCGGUAGAUCAGGACACCCUACUUGCCUUCAGUUUACGGAUAACAUGAAGAUUUCUGUGAAGAAAUAUCGCUGGCAGUGCAUCGAAUGCAAAUGUUGUUCUGUUUGCGGGAAUUCUGACAACGACGAUCAACUUUUGUUCUGUGACGAUUGUGACCGUGGCUACCACAUGUAUUGUCUUUCGCCCGCUCUGGUAAACCCUCCGGAAGGUUCUUGGUCUUGUAAACUGUGUAUCGAUGAGUUUCAUUCGUAACUUCUUCAAAGGUUAUUCCAUACCCCCCGCCCCCCAAGAAUUGUUUACUUUAUUUUUAGCGAUUAUAUUUUUCUAUACAUUUUAAUUGGAAAAAGAAUUAUUUUUUAUGUAUUUAAUAAAGCUAGGUACGGUGUUAAUAGGCGCUAGUUACUUAUUACAGUGAAUUCUAGUACUUAAUUACUAAUGGCCUAUUUUUAAGAGUAUUUUUAAGCUUUCCUUUUGUAAGAAAUUUUAAGAAACCUCUACCUCGUCGAGAGUUAAUUUAAAAUAGAUUUAAUUUUAAAUUAAAAUUAGUUUGUUGCUAAUGAACUCUCUCUUUAUUAAACUGUGACAAUAUUUUUAAAAGUAUAUUUUCAUGU